AUGAAACGAAUUAAGGGCAUGAUAAACAACAACAGAGCAGUAGAUCACAUGGAAUUUGAUGAUGAUAUGGUUGGGGAGAUCGUCUCGCGCUUGCCCUUGAAGUUUGCGAUUCAAUGUAAAGUUCUAUCCAAGAAACUUAAAGGUAGAAUUUCCGAUCCUAAUUUUUCUCAGCUUUUGUUUGAACAUCAAAAAGAUUGUUCUACACAAAUCAUCUAUUCAUCACAUGUGUUUUCCACAAGUUUCCAUAAAAUUUCCUUAAACCCCUCUCCAAUCAUUCAAUGUUCAACAUAUUUAUCAUGUGAUGUUGAUCUUUUGGCCUCGUGUAAUGGGUUAAUUCUCUUAGAUUUUGAGGAAAUUGGGGUUUAUUGUAUUUUCAAUCCAACAACUAAAGAACACCAACUAAUAGAAUACCCAGAGUCUACACAUGUGAUUGGUUAUACAGGCCUAGCUGUUGAUUAUCCAAGUUCAGAUUCAUAUAAAUUGGUAACCAUCAGAGAACUGGUUGGAAAUUUCAACUGGUUCUACAAAUUUCACGUACUUUCAUCGGAGAUAUCUGGGGUGUGGCGUGAAGUCCAACUGAGAGCCAAUACAUCCAUUUCUUUAUCCUUCUAUUGUCCACCUGUUUACUGGCGCUAUUCUCUAUAUUGGCUUAGAAGUGACAGUAGUGUUCUAGCUUUUGAAAUAAAGAGAGAAGAGGCUAUACUAAUUGACCGUCCUCAGUUUAUUGAUCAUUUUGAUCUCAACUAUGGUAAAGUCACUGGUCGCGAUAUAUGGCUAGGGGUGGCAAAAGGUUUACUCACCCUUGUAUCCAUUUUCAAAAAGUCCAUAGUCAUUACUACUUGUAAUGAUGCAAACAACACUUGGAAGGUUUCCCAUAUUUUGGACAAUUUUGUUUUGAACCCGUACGACAUUAUUAAAGGCUUUCCUGUCUUCAUAGAUAGCAAAGAGGUGUCUUUUGUGGUAGAACCUUCCUUAAGAAAAUAUCAUCUGUAUGAGUAUGAUACUAAGAUUAAUGGGUACAAAAAAAUUGAAGUGUUGGACAGAAUGGUUAAUGAUCGCAUGUAUUGCUUCCAUCCAACAUUAGCUUGUGUCCAUAAGACGCCCUCCAAUAAUGUAACGAUUGCUCAACAGGCGUAUAUUGCUGAAAAGUUGAAUGACAUCAAAAGAUUUAUUAUCGAAGAUAUUUGCAUAGAAGAAAGUUCAUCAGAAGAAGAAAGUUCAUCUGAGGAGGACGAAGACGAAGACGAAGAAGGAGAAGGAGAAGGAGAAGGAGAAGGAGAAGGAGAGUAG